GCCUGGCCCCGCCUCGCUCUCGGGGCUUCCUGGUCGUCGUCGUCCCCCUUCGAUGGCGGCGGCAGAAUCGCCUGGCCUAGUCUGCGCCCCCCUCUGCUCCCCACGCCCCUGAGAGCCAAAGCAACUAAAAGAUGUCGCUGAUGGAAUUGACUCAUGUUGUUUUUACUAUGUUACAUUUGAUAUCCUGUGCAUUAUAAGCAUUGGGAAAUCCCACAGAAUAUUUCACAGCUUUCUUUAUACUGAUGUUUCCAGGAUCAGUUACAAGUUGAAAUAUUGCUCAUGUUUCCAUUUAGCAAGGCAGAAGUAAAUAGGAAUAAAAAUGGACUUGAAUGCUCGAAAUUAUUUACUUCAGAAUCGCAAGUCUUUGGAAAGAGAUAUCAAAACUUCUUACAUAAUGGAUCAUAUGAUUGCGGAUGAAGCGUUAACAUUACAGGAUGAGGAGAAAGUAAAAGCUCAGAGUACCCAGAGAGAACGAGCAGCUAUGCUUGUCCAAAUGAUUCUCAGCAAAGAUGACCAUGCAUAUAUAUCUUUUUAUAAUGCUCUACUUCAUGAAGGGUACAAGGAUCUUGCUGGCCUUCUCCAAGAUGGCAUCCCUAUUAUUUCACCUCAUCAUGGAAAGAAUUCAAUGGAUGGAGUAACCUCCUAUGUUAAGACUGUCCUUUGUGAAGGUGGAGUUCCACAGAGACCAGUAGUGUUUGUCACUCGUCCAGAGUUAACAAAAACAAUUCAGUGGAAAUUGUAUAAAUUAAAAAAUGAUCCGGGAUGGGUUACUGUUUAUGGGAUGGCAGGGUGUGGAAAGUCUGUCUUGUCAGCAGAAGCACUACGUGACCACAAUCUUUUGAAAGAUUGCUUCCCUGGAGGAGUACAUUGGGUUUCUGUUGGCAAACAAGACAAAGCGGGACUGCUCAUGAAACUCCAAAAUCUGUGUAUGAGACUAGACCAAGACUUCACCUUUUCACAGAGGCCACCACUAAAUAUAGAGGAAGCUAAAGAUCGCCUUCGUUGGCUGAUGCUACGCAAAUACCCAAGGUCUCUCUUAGUGCUUGAUGACAUUUGGGAUUCCUGGGUGUUAAAAGCAUUUGAUAAUCACAGUCGAGUUCUUAUCACCAGUAGAGACAGGAGUGUAGCAGAUUCUGUGAGUGGCAGUAAAUAUGAAGUUCCUCUGGAAAGUGGGUUAACACAUGACAAAGCACUUGAAAUUUUAUCUCUGUUCGUUAACAUGGAAAUAAUGGAGCUCCCAGAAAAGGCUGAUAGUAUUGUAAGAGAAUGCAAAGGUUCUCCUCUUGUGGUGUCCUUGAUAGGAGCAUUAUUACGAGAUUUUCCCAGUCGCUGGGAUUACUACCAUAAACAACUUCAAAAUAAGCAGUUUAAAAGGAUAAGGAAGUCAUCCUCUUAUGAUUAUGAAGCGCUUGACGAAGCAAUGUCCAUAAGUGUUGAGAUGCUGCGAAAAGAUCUUAAAAAUUACUACACAGAUCUUUCUGUUCUUCAAAAGGAUAUUAAAGUGCCUUCAAAAGUAUUUUGUAUUCUUUGGGACAUGGAGACUGAAGAAGCUGAAGACAUACUGCAGGAAUUUGUUAACAAAUCUCUCUUAUUUUGUGAUCGGAAUGGGAAAUCAUUCCGUUAUUAUUUGCACGAUCUUCAACUCGAUUUUCUUACUGAGAAGAAUCGCUCUCAGCUUCAGGAACUACACAAAAAGGCAGUUCAUCAAUACAAGAACCAUUAUAAGCAUUCUGUACCCACUCCAUCCCAAGAGGACUGCAUGUAUUGGUAUAAUUUCCUGGCUUACCACAUGGCAAGUGCCAAUAUGCAUGAGGAACUCUGUGCUCUCAUGUUUUCCCUAGAUUGGAUUAAAACAAAAACAGAGUUGUUGGGGCCUGCACAUUUGAUUCAUGAAUAUGUCGAAUAUAGUCAGAUAUUGGAUCAAAAGGAUCCAAUGGUACGUGAAAACUUCCAGGAAUUUCUGUCUUUAAACGGACACCUCCUUGGACGGCAACCAUUUCCAGACAUUAUUCAAUUAGGUCUGUGUCAGCCCGAAAACUCGGAAGUAUAUCGGCAAGCAAAACUACAAGCGCAACAAGAACAUGCUAAUGGAUCCUUUUAUGUGGAAUGGAUAAAUAAAAAAUCCAUGAAGAACAUGUACCGAUUGGUAGUGCGUCCACAUACGGAUGCAGUUUACCAUGCUUGUUUUUCCCAGGAUAGACAGAGAAUAGCAUCGUGUGGGUCUGAUAAAACCCUGCAGAUUUUUAAAGCUGAAAGUGGGGAAAAGCUUCUAGAAGUAAAAGCUCAUGAUGAUGAAGUGCUGUGCUGCGCUUUUUCUGCAGAUGACAAAUUUGUCGCCACUUGUUCAGCGGAUAAAAAAGUGAAAGUCUGGAAUUCAAGAACGGGUCAGCUUGUGAAUUUAUUCGAAGAACAUACUGAACAAGUCAACUGCUGCCAGUUUAACCUCUCAGAUCCCCACCUGUGUCUAUUAGCUACCUGUUCGAAUGAUACUUUUAUCAAACUCUGGGAUUUGAACAAGAAAUACUGUCGUAACACAAUGUUUGGCCAUGAAAAUUCUGUUACUCACUGCAGAUUCUCACCCGAUGACAAGUACCUGGCUAGUUGCUCAACAGAUGGAACUCUAAAGCUUUGGCACGUGCGUUCAGCAAAUGAACUGAAAACUAUCGACAUGAGAGACUUCUUCAGGAAUGUAGAUGAAUAUCACGAUGAUGUGGAAGUGUUCGUGAAAUGCUGCUGCUGGUCAUCAGAUGGUGCUACAGUAAUAGCGGCAGCCAAAAAUAAACUUUUUAGGUUUGAUACCAAGAGCGGUGAUUUAUUGGCGGAGAUCCUUAUAAGCUGCCACAGCACUAUUCAGUACUGCGAUUUUUGUCCCAAUAGUCAAAUGGUAGCGGUUGCUUUAUCACAUUAUUCUGUUGAGAUAUGGGAUAUUGAAACCUUUUCGAAAACAGCUGACUGUCCAGGACAUAUGAGUUGGGUACAUUCUGUGACAUUUUCACUUGACGGGUCUUUCUUUCUGACAUCUUCGGAUGAUCAGACAAUAAGAAUUUGGGAGACCAAUAAGGUGUGCAAGUCCUUUGCAGUUGUGUUAAGGCCUGAAAUAGAUGUUUCGUUUCCGGGUAAUGAAGUGAUCAUCUUAGCCACUGAUAGUCUGAAGCGUUUGCAGCUAAUUAAUGGAUGCACGGGCCAAACUCUGUGUCAGACUGAAGCACAGGAGCCUUUUACUUGUUGUUGUUGCCUAAGUGAAGAUCUGCAAACGGCUGCAUUUGGAGGCGAGGAUGGGACAGUAAAGGUGUUAAACUUGUCAAGUGGAAAAACUGUGAAAUCCAGAACGGGCCAUGGGAAAGCUGUACAACAUUGCCAGUUUACUUCUGACGGGCAUACCCUUCUUACCAGUUCUGAUGAUUCGACAAUACAGGUUUGGAACUGGCAAACGGAUGAAUCUGUUCUCCUGAAAGGCCAUAAGGAGCCUGUCAAGAAUUUCAGGCUUCUGGAACACUCUAAGCUUCUUUCAUGGUCAUUUGAUGGGACAGUUAAGAUUUGGAACGCAGUUACUGGGGAAUUGGAAAGAGACCUUAUUUGCCACGAAGACACCAUUCUUUCUUGUGAUGUUUCAAAUGAUGCCACCAGAUUUUCUACUACCUCUGCUGACAAGACCGCCAAAAUAUGGAGUUUUGAAAGCUCAUCUGUUCUUCACAAGUUGAGCGGUCAUGAAGGCUGUGUGAGAUGCUGUGCCUUCUCCCCUGAUAAUGAACUGUUGGCCACAGGAGAUGACAAUGGAGAAAUACGGAUCUGGGAUGUUUCAAGAGGUGAGCAGCUUCACCUCUGUACCCGUACUUCAAUUGAUGAUGGAGAAUCAGCACAUGGAGGCUGGGUAACAGACCUUUGCUUUUCUCCAGAUAGUAAGAUGCUUGUUUCGUCUGGGGGGUACGUUAAGUGGUGGAAUGUGGAUACUGGUGAGCCCCUACAAACAUUCUACACAAAUGGAACCAAUCUGAAAUACCUCCACGUGUCUCCAGAUUUCAACGUGUGUGUGACUGUUGAUAACCUUGGCAUUCUUUAUGUGCUGCAGAUUAUGGGAUAUUAGACUGGAUCUCGCAGCAUUGGAAAUGGCAGUAUUUGAGCCAGAAGUAGAUUCCACAAACUUUUAACCACUCACCCGACUGUGAUUUUUUUUUUUACACUUUCAUGUGUUAUAUAGAUUUAUUUGCAUAAGAAAUCUGUGAACUUUCUCCAAUCAACAUACACUUAAUUUUGUGCUUGGUCUCAAUGGUGAAGUAUUUCCCAUUGAUAAAUUGAGAAACAUUUCUACAAACCGCUGCAGAAGUGAUCACCAAAGGAGGUUUCAAAAGAGCGCAGAAUACAAUCAUGGAUCCAGUGGCAAAUGCUUCCAAGCCAUAAAUGUGAUACUGUAACAUAAACUGCUGUUUCACUUAGUGCAAUUUUUUCUUUAAACCAGGGAGGGGGUGGGGGUUAAAAAAGUCUUGAUUUAUUUUUUAAAAUGAAUUCAUAAUAAUUUUGAUAGUCUAUGAAUAACUGAAAAUUGAGAGAACUUACGAUUGUGAAUAUUUAGGGGGAAGCCAAAUAUACUAUAGGUUGCAUUCUGCAAAGCAGCAAAAGGCAUUUGACAGUCAGGGGUCUUCCUCACCUUUCCUUCCCCCCAGAGCCAUUUUGAGAUCUGGAGAAAUUUAUUCACCACGUCAAAGGACAAAUGCGGACAAUUUGUAAUGCAGGUGAGGCAGUUGAAGUGAUGAAGUGGAAGAGAAUGAGAUUGCCCUUACUGUCUCUUACAUGAGCAAUUUUCUGCUCAUAAAAGAGGAAGGAAAGAGGGAUUCCCCCUCCCCGUUCCUUCUGCAGCCACCCAGCCCACGCUCAGGAGCCUCAACUUUGGUAAUAAAAUUUCCUGGGUUCAGAAGGGCUUGUUGGAGAAGGAAGGUAGGGGAGAUCUGGUUAUGCUUUUGCAAACCUCAUGCAUUUUCAGCGAAGAUACGUCUCGGAUUAGGCAAAAUUUGAAAAAUUCCAGAUACUGAAAACCUAUUUUAAAAAACUCAACCCUAUAAUUAUCAGUGAGGUUUAUUUUACUUCAUUUGGGUUUUUUAGUUGAGCUGUCAUGAACAUACUAGUUUGAUUGGAAAAAAAGGGUACAUAAUCUAAUCUUCUAUAUCCUUGGGGGGAUUUUCUUUCAGACUGCUGUGUCUGAAACACAAACUGUGCCAUAUAACUGCUGGCUCAGUGGGAAACCUAUUUUAUUUUUCUAGACGACUUUUCUUCAGUCUAGCGAUUGUGAAUAUUUAGGGGGAAGUCACAAAAUUUAUGCCUUAAUUGCAAUGCCUAAAGAAUAUAUUGCUGCCAAGUGAAUUGAUUUAAAUUGAGUGUGUUGUAUAUAAAUGCAUUAAAUAAAUAUAAAUCAGAUUUGCCCGUUGGACAAAGUUCAAGUCGAGCCUCGAGACCUGUACAGACAUUCUUUUUAGUGGCCUGGGGCUAAAAUGGUGUUUGGGGGUGGGGUUCAUGUCAGGAUUUCCCCCGCUGCUGUCAGUGACCUUUCUGAAUAAACUGUUUGCAAAUAACACAUUGCUCAAGCAGUUUUUAGUAACAAUAGUAACAAAGGAUUGCGUCACUUAUUUCCAAGUAUUCGCCCUCUGAAGAGCCAUUUCAGUAACCUUUGUAUUACAUUUCAGAUUAAAUUUAUCUAUGGCCUUUCUGUGUUUGCCAAACUUAAACGCAUCUUCAAAAAUUCUAAUUGUAUAGGGCAAUGUUAAAUUCUACUAUUGUCAAAUACACCAAGAGGUAAACAACAGCAUCUUAUUUUUUUCCGUCUGGGUGCACUACAGCGCAGCAGGGCCUCACGUUAACCAACUAGCCUCAUGCUGUAUUUUAGGGAUUGUCUUCAGCUUCAGUUGGACAGGAAAUUCUAUUCUUGCCUCUGCUGUAUUUGGCAGAAAACCCCCUAGACCAAAUGGACCCAUAGAAUGCCCGUGCUGCAGUGGGGGCGAAGGAAGACCUACCUACCCCUUUGCUCCAUACCCUGAAGGCUGGCUGUCCAGAAACUAGUAGCAUGGGAAUUAUUUGUGUUUCAAGCUUGUACAUGGACUCAUGUUCAGAAAGGAUUCUUUAAGAAGCAAGGUACUGGGUUUUGUUUUGUUUUACAAUUACUUAAACCUGUGCCAGCUCCCGGAAAUGUGUGUGCUUGGAAAAAUACUUGAAGCAAAAUUUUCUAAAAACUUCCACUGGUGCUAUCCAUUGCAAUUAAAAAUCCAAGAAACUAUAUAGAACAACUCUUUGUUUAAAUAAUAUUUGGAAGAUGUUGUUUCCGGUUUGGUGUUACAAAAGGUAGUGUGGCCUGUAUUCUACCACUCUCCUCAGCAAAAUGCGAAGCCUUUGCCCAGCCCAUUUUAAGUGUCUCUUUCACUAGAGGAAGAUCCACUUAAGUUGAAGGGUGUCUCCAUAGGCUGUAGGAAGGCUUCAUCCAUUGCUGAACAGAAUAGCAUAUAGGCCACUGGGAGUCCUAAUAGCAUCUCAAAAUUUCCGUGUUUGGUUUAACUGCCCCACUUUUGUACUAUUUGGAAUAUAUCUGCUUCAAAGGAAAUUGCUCAGUUUGUUGAGCAUGUUGGAUUUGUUUAUGGUACGAAAACAUUGCUUUAACAAAGGUACUGGUUUUUAAUAAGUUGAUGGUGAAUCUUGAAGCAAUAAAGAUUUUAUAUGUAAUGCAUAA